AUGUGCAUAGGACACCUGCUCGUGUUGAAACUUGCGAAUGUGUUGAAAUGCUCGCUUAACGUAGAUGACACACGGACGCACUUGUGCUUGGGGUUUAGGCUUACCCUUCAAAUAACCAUUAUAUAAACAGCAGUCACAUCGCACCGGCGACUAGAGGAAACAGCAGUUGUGUGGAAACUUUGCGCUCUCGUCUUUCGUGAACCGCGCACGUCCGUGAAGCUCUAGCUAUGAGUGCGCGUGCUAAUAUUUCUUGUUUAGAAGAAGCCAAACGAGUGGCUAUUUUUGGAGGCACACAUGGAAAUGAGAUGUCCGGCAUUAUGCUGGUAAAUAUGUGGAUAGAGAAUGCAGCCGAGAUAGAAAGAAACAGACUGGUGACCAAGCCGUUCAUAAGCAACCCUAGAGCAGUGGAGAAAUGUACUAGGUACAUCAACACGGAUUUGAACAGAGCCUUUACGCCCGAGAACCUCAGUGCUCCAGAUGUUGAAGGGCUUCCAUAUGAAGUCCGGAGGGCCAAGGAAAUCAAUCAGAUGUUCGGACCCAAAGGAAGCUCGGAUGCAUAUGAUGUCAUCUUUGACCUUCACAACACAACCUCAAACAUGGGCUCCACCCUCAUUCUGGAAAGCUCAACAGACCUGUUCAACCUUCAGAUGGUACAUUAUAUCAAAAAAGCUAUGGCCCCCCACACCUGUUCAGUACUGUUAAACGAACACCCACAGCUGAAGUAUUCAACCACACGUUCUGUGGCCAAACACCCAAUUGCAGAGACCAUCGAGCGUUCGGCUCCAUUGGACUCCCUUGGACCCUCGACUCCGCCUGGGUCAGACAUCGCCAUCACAUCGCCAUGGACUUACGGGUCGUUCGAGUUUCUCCGACCCUCCACCCCUACGGCUCCAAUUGGCUCCGCCUUCCCUCAGACUCCGCCUCGGCCCUCAGUCGUUCCAGCUCCACCUCAGCCCUCCGGUACCCUGCUGCUGCCUCGGGGGGCCGUUGCUGUGACUCCGUCGCAGACUCCGAGACCAUCAGCAUCACUCUGUUCCUUCGGCUCUCUGUCUUCGCCCAAAGCUCUACCUCCAUCGGCUGCGCUGCUUCCACGCCUCCCCAAGGUUGUUUGGAGAGUUUCACCACCUCGGCUCCAGCAACGCCGCCGUGGGUCGCUGUCCUGGAUGUGGCCUGGAGCAUCACCUGGACUCCCCUGCUCAAGGCUACUCACUGGAUUUCACCACCAUCUACACCUCCCUGGACUCCAUCUCCUGCACCUCCCUGGACUCCUGCACUUCGCCUCCUCCCAGUUAGCCGUCCGCCUCCUGAGCCGCCUCCAACUCAAUCUUCAGCAUCCCAUCUUCAUCUUCCACUCUCUUUCUGGGAGGGGGUGAUAUGUUACAUGCACACUCUGUUUUGGACUUGUUGUUGUUCCAUUUCCCGCCACUAGUCAUUCACCAUGGUAACUGAUCAACUCAUCAUCACAUCCAGCUGUGUCUUAUCACCCACCUUGUUAUCCCAUGUAUAUAAGCCCUUUCCAGUCAUGUGUUGUCCGGUAUCGUUCAUGUAUACUUUGGUGUGUGUUCCUGUAUGUUCCUGAUCUUUCCAUUUGGAUUUCCUAGUAAAAGACUUGUUUUGAUUAUAUGUCCUCGUCAUGUGCUUUAUACACCAGGGUUUUGUAACACUAAUAAAGAGUAUCUGAUUAAUAAAUUAAUAUAUGAAUUGCUAUUAAUUAAAUGUGUCAUCUUUUAAUAAUUCAUUAACAACAUAUAAUAUCAACUAGUAGCGUAAAUUAAUGUGUUCAUUUACACAAUGGGUCAAAGCCAUGAAUUUCAGCUUUCAGUUGUCUGCUUUAAUUAAUCAUUAGCUAAUCAUUUGCAAAGAUAGCAUUAUGUUAUGACUUUACUUGUUGAAGCACAUGACUAUUAGCUCAUUAUUAAGUAAUACAACCCCAAAUCCAGAAAAGUUGGGAUAUUUUUUAAAAUGUAUUAAAAUCAAUAAUCUGUGAUUUGUUGAUUCUCUUUAACUGACAAAAGUACACUCUAAAACUAAAAGUGGUUCUUGGCUCGUAAUAAGGGGAACCACUUUUGGUGCUAUGUAGCACCAUAUGUUUAAAGGUGCUUUACAGCACCUUUGUCAAAUGGUGCUAUGUAGAACCCAUAAGAGGUGCCAUAUCACAUUUUAUUUCUUCAACAAAAA